CGGCCGCCACCAUGAAUGACACUGUAACCAUCAGAACCAGGAAGUUCAUGACAAACAGACCUCUUCAGCGUAAACAGAUGGUUAUAGAUGUCCUUCAUCCUGGAAAGGCCACAGUGCCCAAGACUGAAAUUCAAGAAAAACUGGCCAAGAUGUACAAAACCACUCCAGACGUCAUUUUUGUCUUUGGAUUCAGAACCCAUUUUGAUGGUGGCAAAACAACAGGCUUUGGCAUGAUUUAUGAUUCCCUUAACUAUGCAAAGAAAAAUGAACCAAAGCACAGACUUGCAAGGCAUGGCCUGUAUGAAAAGAAAAAGACAUCAAGAAAGCAGCAAAAGGAACGCAAGAACAGCAUGAAGAAAGUCAGGGGUACUGCAAAGGCAAAUGUCGGUGCUGGCAAAAAGAAGGAUUAA